GUUCAUGACGCAACCUUCCAACACUGAGGAACUGGUAGCUCCGACAGGAAAACCAAAGAAAGGCGAGUGCCUCGACCUAAACUAUGGCUACAAUCCGAAAGAAACUGGUGAUAGUUGGAGAUGGGGCAUGCGGCAAGACGUGCCUCCUCAUAGUGUUCAGCAAGGAUCAGUUCCCUGAGGUGUACGUGCCAACAGUGUUUGAAAACUAUGUUGCUGACAUUGAAGUGGAUGGUAAACAGGUGGAGCUGGCUCUUUGGGACACAGCGGGCCAGGAAGACUAUGACCGCCUGCGACCUCUCUCUUAUCCAGACACAGACGUCAUCCUCAUGUGCUUCUCCAUGGAUAAUCCUGAUAGUUUAGAAAACAUCCCUGAGAAGUGGACACCCGAGGUGAAACACUUUUGUCCCAAUGUGCCCAUUAUUCUGGUGGGAAACAAGAAGGACCUGCGCAAUGAUGAGCUCACACGCCGAGAGCUGGCCAAAAUGAAACAGGAACCUGUGAAGUCAGAGGAAGGGAGGGAAAUGGCUAACCGCAUUUGUGCCUUUGGCUACCUGGAGUGCUCGGCAAAGACCAAGGACGGUGUCAGGGAGGUGUUUGAAAUGGCCACCAGGGCAGCACUGCAGGCCAAGAGACGGGGUAAAAAGAGCAUAUGCCUUCUUCUAUAAAGUGUCUGUCUGAUCACACAGGCUGAAAUGUAGAAGGGCAACCAAACCAAGCCAAGCAAACGCCAUCAUUUUGAUACUUUUUUUUUGUGGGACACAAACAUCAAACAGACAAAAAGAGACAAGGUCAGAGAGAGUAUAGACAUUCAUGUCCGAUAUUGUAAUGAGUAUAUUUUCAGUAGACGUAAACAUUUUGUUCUACAAGAAUGUAUUAUUUGGCCUUUCUCUUUUAUGAUCUUCUGGUAUUAAAUUCUACUUAGCGCAACAUUUUAUGUGAAUUUCAGUGUGAAAUAAUAGCUUACAGUAAUCAACUUGACAUGACACUGGCUUGUAUUAAGGGGAAUAGUGUCUUGUCAUUGCCGUGGUGAGCCUUGAUAACCUACUUUAGCAAUACUGGUGGGCCAACUGGGUGUGUUAAUGCUAGCGUAGACUUGAGAGUCAAAAUUUAAGCACACAAUUUAGCUUCGACAAUAAAGUUGGCAAGGUUGUUUUGCUUUUUUUUUUAUUUA